CUCCUAGCCUCCGAGGCCCCGCCUUCUUCUCACGGGCUUUCUCUUUCCACCUUGCCAGUGUCACGUGCCGAGGGAGAAAAGGAACUCGUCACGCUUCCCUCCGCCCUCUUUCCCUUCCCGUCCUCAGUCCCCCCCCCCCCCCCAGCCCUAGUCCCCCGUGCUCCCCCCACCCCCGGCCGCCAUGUUUUCUGACAGGGCCCGGCUUUGGCUUCCCCCAUAAGACAUGGCCAAGGAGCACCAAAGAAACCUAGGGCCGUCGCUACUACGGAGCCCGAGCUAACGAAGCUGGAGGGAGGCCAUGGCGUCCGGCAGUAACUGGCUGUCGGGAGUGAAUGUUGUGCUGGUGAUGGCCUACGGGAGCUUGGUAUUCGUGCUGCUGUUCAUUUUUGUGAAGAGGCAGAUCAUGCGGUUUGCUAUGAAGUCUCGAAGGGGCCCUCACGUCCCCGUGGGGCACAACGCCCCCAAGGAUCUGAAGGAAGAGAUUGACAUCCGACUCUCCAAGGUCCAGGAUGUAAAGUAUGAACCCCAGCUUCUUGAAGAGGAUGAUGCUAGACUUUUGCAGUUGGAGACACCAGGAAAUCAACAUUGCUACAAUUACCUAUACAGGAUGAAAGCAUUGGAUGCCAUUCGUGCCUCUGAGAUCCCGUUCCAUUCAGAAGGCCGGCAUCCUCGUUCCCUGAUGGGCAAGAACUUCCGCUCCUAUCUGUUGGAGCUUCGAAAUACAAGUACCCCCUUCAAGGGUGUCAGAAAAGCUCUCAUUGAUACCCUGCUAGAUGGCUAUGAGACAGCUCGAUAUGGAACAGGCGUCUUUGGCCACACUGAAUAUCUACACUAUCAGGAAGCACUAAGUGAACUGGCUGCCGCUGUCAAAGUCCGUGGUGGGAACUCCCAGCGGCAGCAUCAAUCAGCAGCUAAGGAUCUAACACAGUCUCCUGAAGUUUCCUCUCCAACAACCAUCCAGGUCACCUAUCUGCCCUCCAGCCAGAAGAGUAAAAGAGCGAAGCACUUCCUAGAGCUGAAGAGUUUUAAGGAUAACUACAACACAUUAGAGAGCACUCUCUGAUUGAAUUUGUGGAUAGCCAUAGCCAACAUGGUUCCAGUAGGAGACUUCAGUCUCAGUACCCAGGAAUUUCCCUAGGACAAGAGAGACAGUUGCACUGGGCAGCAUUAAGAUCAUUGUACCCAGAAUUCUUGGAAUGGGUAUCUGAAGAUCUCCUUAGCUUAUUAUUCUGGUCUCUUAGAACUAAAGUUUCAUGAGGCCGUCUUUCCCUCUGUAAUAGCAUUUUUAUGGAGUUGAAUCCACAUAUUUUUCCUCUCUCUGUGUUACUUCCUCCUUACCCCAACCUGUUUUUGAUCAUGUUUUUUUUUUUGUUUUUGUUUUGUUUUGUUUUGGGUUUUUUUUUUUUUUUUUGCCCUUUCCCAAAGUCAGUUUUAUCCUAAAUAGGUUAAUGGGAGUGGGGGAGGGACACUUAACGAUGUUAGCAAUGGAAACCACAAAGCCCCUAUCCUACUUAUAUGGAUGGGAACUCCUAGCUAGCCCAUGGACAUGUCAUUUAAAGUUGGGGAAUGAAAAGAGCAGACGGGAGGUAGGGUGUUAUAUUUAAACCAAGCCCUGUUGAGAUUUGUUUUGUGUUUGGUGCACACUGCCUUGCCCUUAUCAAGACGGGGCUAAGGAAAACGGUUGUGAUAUAGGCACUAAUUCCAUAUUCCCAGUAAGUCACUGCACUGGUAUGACUUUAUAAACUGGUUAUUUAAUAAAAACAGCUUAAAAAUAAUCAUAUUAUUACUGUUUACUGAUUUCUCCUACCUAUCUUAAGUAUAGAUGGGAAGGGGAGAGUGUGGGUGUAUACACCUAUGUGGGCAUGAUGGAGCCGAUUCUCCUGAAAUUAUAAUUUAACGGAGCUGUUUCUGGAACUUAAUAUAAAGUUCUGAAUUUGGGCCUGUGGCUCUUACUAAAUGUGACGGGAUCACUUUUAGAAGGCUGAAGAACUAGAAUUCCCUUUCAGGUCUCCCAGGCAACAAGUCAGGUAACCAAUCAGGGUCUAGGCCUAGGGCAUAAUUGGAGGCAUGCCUAGUAACCAGGGUAAUUGAGAUCAGUGAGGGACAAAAACAAGAAGAGGAACAGUCAAGAAUGUCUGCCCAACCCACUAACUCUGUGGCAAGCCCGCAGGUACCCCAGUCCCUGGAUGAUGUUAUAAAGAUAGAAGAGGUAUGGCAGAGAUAAAGCUUAAUUGGAAGAACUUUUGAUAGGGUUACCCACAUCUGUUGCCUCAGUAUGGACAUGGGGAAGUACCCAGAAAAGGGCUUUGUAAAGACUACUCCUUACCCCUGCAAUAGGAUGUUGUAUUCUAUAGUUACAAGAGGAUAGUAGCAUUUGAGAAGGCUGUUGAGAGUUGGAAAAAUGCAGUAAUGCGGUGCCUGUGGCAGG